AUGUACUUUAAUGGAUUUUGUUAUUGGAUUGCAUCUGAGAAACAAAAGGAAUACCAGGACAGAUAUGAUAGAGAUGAAGAUGAUUAUCCUAGGCAGUCCCUUAUCGGAGCUGAUCCCAUACUUGGAAUGCACGAUGCAUUUGGAGUAUGGGUACUGAAUAGCUUCGGUAAUGUUAAGAGUUGUUGGACAAAACGCUUAACCACAGAUCCCAUUAAGGGAGUUGAGAAAGAUUUGGUGUCAUGGAAGAAGGACGAAAUGCUUAUGAUUGCGAAAGAUGGACGUAUAUUGACUUACAACUUCGAAGCUCAAAAGUUUAAAUAUAUCGUCCCUACUGCCAGUGUGCAUCCUUGUAAUGCUGAGGCUGUUAUUUGUGUCAACAGUAUAGUGCCAGUCACACCUGCUGAGAAACAACAAUCUUGA